CACGAAAAGGAAAUCAACACUGAAAAAAAGGCGAUCGAUUAAACAUUGCUGAAAGAAAACAACAAAAAAAAACAUUAAAAAAAUGAGCCAACAACACGCACGAAGUGAUCGCUUCCGUAGCAAACACAAGCACAAAACCAACAAAAUGGGCACACAAGCAACGUGCACAAGUCCAGUGAGAUGGCAAAACGAAACAAUUGCUGCAAAACUGACAGCGAACGCACUACAUUGCAAUCCAAACCACCGAAACCGACAACAGCAACAACAUAGAUUAACAAAAAUAAGCGCGUCCUGCUCACCUUCCACACUCCUCCUCCUAUUCACAGUCACGCUGCUAAGUUUACUUACGCAUACGAGCGCCUUCUGCCCAUCCAAGUGCCAGUGCAUCAGUGGCGAUGCCAAUAGUCGGGCAUAUUGCGUGGACGCAGCGCUCGAAGAUGUGCCCAUACAAUUGAAUCCCGAAACGAAGUAUAUCAAUUUAACACAAAACAAAAUACGUAAUCUGGAAUUUACGCUGCCCUUCUACAUGAAGCUAGAAGUACUGGAUCUCUCACAGAAUAUCAUCGAAACGCUUGGUUCGAAGAAUUUCGAAUAUCAACGGGAUAUGCGUACGUUGAAUUUGAGUCGGAAUUCGGUGAGCGCAUUGCAGAAGGACGCCUUCAAGGGGUUGAGUAAUUUAUUGGUGCUCGAUUUGAGUUACAAUCGCAUUGAGGUGGCGCAUCCCAGUGCAAUGAGCAAUCUGACAUCGCUGAUAAAACUCGAUUUGACUAAUAAUAAUAUAGUCAGCUUGGAGGAUAACUGUUUUCGCAAUAUGAUCUCAUUGGAGAUUUUAAUAUUCAAAAACAAUCAGCUGCUGGAUGUGCCAUCGAAUAAUUUGCAGCAUUUGCAUGCGCUCAAGUCGCUAGAUUUAUCUGAUAAUCUGGUGGAAUAUGUGCGCAACGAUAGCUUUGAAGGGCUGCGCGAGUUGUUGGUGCUGACGCUGAGAGGCAAUGUGAUCUCUGAGUUGGAUUUGAGCGCCUUCGAGGGGUUAACUACGCUUAAGCAUCUGAAUUUGGCCGAUAACAAUUUGACGAUGGUGCCUACACAGCAAAUCUCGAAGUUAUCCAAUCUCACAUACUUGUCGUUAAGCGGCAAUCGUUUCAGCCAGUUACCCGCCGUAGCUUUCCUGAAUCUAUUCCAUUUACGUGAAUUACGUUUGAAUCGUUUGGACCGACUCAAUCGCAUUGAUUCAAG